CACGCACACACACGUAUAUAAACCGCCAUUGACGAGCGCCUCUAGGGUUUCUUCUUGCAGCUGCCGCUCCGGUCUUCUUCAACCUCUCUCCAAACUUCCUCCAGAGGCCGGACAACGCCUACUCAGCCGCCAUGGGGAAGACACGUGGUAUGGGAUCUGGUCGCAAAUUGAAGUCUCACCGAAGGAGGCAGAGAUGGGCUGACAAGUCAUACAAGAAAUCUCAUCUUGGCAAUGAGUGGAAGAAGCCAUUUGCUGGGUCUUCUCAUGCCAAGGGCAUUGUCCUUGAGAAGAUAGGUAUUGAGGCUAAGCAGCCUAACUCUGCCAUUAGAAAAUGUGCCAGAGUUCAGCUUAUCAAAAACGGGAAGAAGAUAGCUGCUUUCGUGCCCAACGAUGGUUGCCUUAACUACAUUGAGGAAAAUGACGAAGUCUUGAUUGCCGGUUUUGGCCGAAAGGGUCAUGCUGUGGGAGAUAUUCCUGGUGUCAGGUUCAAGGUCGUGAAGGUCUCCGGUGUGUCCCUCCUGGCCCUUUUCAAGGAAAAGAAGGAGAAGCCUCGGUCUUAAGUUUGAAUUUUGGCUUUUGCCCAUGAUGUCAGUUUAAAAGCUUUAUUACAUUUUGGGAUGUUACUUUCAAUUUUGAUUUGGGCCUUUUGAACGAUCCGUGAUCACUCACCUAGGUUAUUGCACCGGUUU